GUCCCAGGCCAGCUGAGUUGAAUGAGGCUGAUUCAGAGGAGAGGCGCAAAAGUCCAAACCAAGUGGAACAUUGUAGCCCAAAUACGCCUACAUUUGAAUACAACAUCUACUUGUCCGGCUUUCACUUUCAGAAUUUGAAUGGAUUAUACUUGUGUAUGGAGGUUGUGUAAAUUAAUUCCAAAAGAAAGGCAUCAACCUGAGGUUAUUUUGAGGAUGGACUAGCCUACUCCGAGUCAUGCAGGUCACCGAAAACAGCGGCGCCUGGAACGCCUGCGACUACAGCCACGACGUGGCCUUCUUCUACAAGCUGGUGGACAAGCGGAUCAGCAAGUCCUGGACGCAGCGCGACCACCUGGUGAUCGGCCUGGGCCUCAGCGUGUGCCUGGUCGUGGUCCUCUCCAACCUCAUGGUUAUGGUGGCAAUAUUCAUCAACCGCCGCUUCCACUUCCCCAUCUACUACCUGCUGGCCAACAUGGCAGCUGCCGACCUGUUUGCGGGUGUGGCCUACGCCAACCUCAUGCUCAACACGGGCCCUUGGACCGCGCUUCUCAGCAAGGAGAAGUGGUUCCUGCGCAGCGCGCUGGUGGACAUUAGCCUCACGGCCUCGGUGGCCAACCUGUUGGCGGUUGCGGUGGAGCGGCACCAGACGGUGGUGGCCAUGCAGCUGCACAGCCGCAUGAGCAAGCGGCGCGUUGUGCUGCUCAUCGUGUGCAUCUGGGCGGCGGCGGGCGCCAUGGGCCUGGUGCCCUCCAUGCUGUGGAACUGCGAGUGCGACCUGGCCAGCUGCUCCACCAUCGCGCCGCUAUACAGCCGCCGCUUCCUGGUGUUCUGGGCGGCGUUCAACCUGCUGGCCUUCGGGGUCAUGGCGGCGGUGUACGGGCGCAUCUUGGUGUACGUUCGGCGCCAGAGCCGCGGCGUCUCGCGCCACACAUCCGACGCGGCGCAGGGCCAGCGCAUGGUGGUGAAUCUGAUGAAGACCAUCGCCAUGGUCCUGGUGGCCUUUGUAAUCUGCUGGACCCCCGGGCUAUUGACCCUAUUGCUGGAAGGGCUGCUGGGAAAGGACAGCCAUGCCCACGCCUAUGAAAAGUACUGCCUAGUUAUCGCGGAGUGCAACUCUCUGGUCAAUCCCAUCAUCUACUCCCUUCGCGACGAGGAGAUGCGCGGCACCUUCAAGUGGAUUCUUUGCGGUCGACGGGACGGCCGCGCCUGCACCGCGAUGCCGGUGGCGCCCCCUGCUGUCCAGUACUGCGCACCGCAGCUAGAGGUCGUGUCAGUCGAAAAGUUGGACGACCGGGUCUUGGAGCCAUCCAAAGCGGAGGAUCACUGCCAGCUUCCUGAGAAGCCCGAACUACAGAUCCCACAGUAAACGGACUGACUUUUGAGAGACCAAUUACUUUUAAACCUUGUGGUUAAACUUUUAUAUCGAACCACGCUGGGUUAUGAGUCUUUUGGACAUGACUCGUACUGAUGUACGGCGUCUGCCAUGAAUGUUAUUUUAUGAGUAACUUAUUAAAAAUGCAUAUGAGGGUAAUGGAUAUGUAUCUAAUCUUACUUUAAUUAUUUUUAGCACUGUUUUGUUUAAUGGGUGUCGGGCCAUCAUGCGAUGUCGCAAUACCAUUUCAGACAUAACUUUAUUUCCUAAUUAAUAUUAAACACUCGUGUUGUGCUUAACAGCCAAAGGACAAUUAAAGAGCAAAGUCCUAUUACUCGGCAUUAACAGCCACUCAACCCUACCAAGCAGGUACCAAACUGUUUGUUUUCAUUGCUGAAAGAGCCCGGAGAUUCAGAGGAAAACCUGACAUGACCGCUCCUGAAGGGGGUUCGAUGAUUUAUUCUCCUUUUUAAUAUAAGCCAUUGGUGCUACCCGGAAUUCGUUUCAUGAUUACCUUUUUGAUUAUGAACGCAUUUGCAAUAAUUCAAUGGAAACACUCAAAAGGACAACGACUGAAAACCACACUAAAUUGUUUUAUUAGUUUUCUAAUAAGAACACUACAAUUUUUAUCAUAUUCCUUUUGUUUCACUCGUUCUAGAACAAUUCUAAAGUUGAGGUAUAAAAGGAGUUCAUACAGACUCGCAGGUCUGAAAACUGGGGAUUAUAUACAAGAGAAAUGGAAAGACAAGAGGUAGAGAGGGCUAAAUACAAGGGGAAGUGAGUAAGCGGGAGAGAUAGAAAAUAUACUAAUUAAAAACAAAGUCCGCCAAAACGGGUUAAAGAACUUCUCUGGUGCUGUGGAAGUAUUGUCGCUAAAGCGGAACCAGAUUUAGUCUCCCAUCCCAGCUUCUGGUUAGGUGUUCGGUCAGACUCCUUUGGAUUUGCUUGCUGGUUAGCACGGUGGUGGCUAUGCUUAUGAGGCCCAGUCCAUUAGCCUAUUAGCCUAAACUGCUAGGCUCCGAAAGAUCUCGGCCUGAACAUUGUAAAUAAACUAUUGCCUAGUGUGGUCCAAACCGUGACAUGUAUACUAUGUACCUUUCAACGCUCACUAUGGUGUUUUGUCAGAACCACAACAUGGCAAGUAUACUUAAGGAACUUGUAAACUUUUGCAUUCACUCUAAACUGUAGUAACAAAAGGUUUCUCUAGGAUAAACCAAUUAGUGUCAUCUUCAAUCAAGUUCGACACAACCAACACCUGUAGGAAUCUAGUUUAUCCACAGCACCAGAUUAUCUUUAUACCUGUAAAACCCUACGACAGCAUCCAGGUAUGUAACAAAGACUCAAAUUAUGAUACUUAAGAGAAAUACCAGCGUAAUUGUGGCCCCUGCAUCACAAUAAAGGCCAAACCACCGCAGGCUUCACCCAAUCAAAACAUCCCAAAGGUUUAUAAAAAAAAAAUAAAGGAAAAAACAUUCCACAAACUGUACAGUGACAUCCAUUACAACUGGUAGAAAAAAGGGGUAUACGCUAGUUUUGGUGUUGUGGUAACAUUAUUCGUAAGAUAAAGUCAUAUGAAAUGUGUACAUAGUAACAGUAAACGGGUACUUUUAAAUCAGAUUAUUACUCUCGAGGCUUAGGAGCUCAAGUUUAUUUUCUGUAACUUUGCCACAAGUCUUGUAUUUUUACAUUUCGGUAUCCAUAAGGCCUUAUCUUACUAUCAAAAUCCUUUGCGCUUCGCUUAUCUGUUGUACAUAAAGAAAAAGACAAACGUUCACAGGAUGUGAAUUCCAACCUUCCCCCGCAAAAGAAAACAACCUAUAAACAAACAAACACUUGCAUUUGUCCGGUGCGUCUUUCACCCCUGCCGAGAGUUAUUGUACACCCAGUGCUGCCUGUUUUGGCGACCGAGGAGAGAAAGCCCUUGCCAACCGGCCAAAUCAAAAACCAAAGAUCAGUAAAAAUAAAGAAAAAAAGACAAACAUUGGUACGUUAUUCUCGUAGUCGUAAGACGAACACAAACAGAACAUUCCGAAUCAAAAAGCGGGUGAUCGACUGUACAGGAUACAAUCAAAUUCACGGGUGUGAUACUAUGCCGCAUAGGUGGUAAGACCGAGCCCUACCGUGGAGGCAACAGAGACAGUUUGAAAGAAAAAUAAAUCCCUCCUCUCCUCAAAACAAAAAGGAAAUAAAAAGGUGUCUGCCCAACGACGCGAGCAAGAGUUUCAUCAUAGCAUCGUCUAUUGUGGAGGCUUUUUUUUUUUUUUUUUUGGUUUCGGUACGAUAGGAAGUGGUGUGUUGCCUUGGGCCAGUGAACGCACAUGGUUUUUCAAGUGAGUAGGAGUUCCCCCGUUAUGGGCUGCUUACCCAAGUACCCCUGUCGUGUGAAUGGUUUAGAAUUACAGCAAGGCCAAAGCCGGUCUCACUGAGGAGUGUCCAAGGAACGGCACACUCCUUUUUUGGUCUGUCUGAUAACAUUAAACCCUUUCUUUUUUUUCUUUUUUGUUAAUAAAAAGUGAAGCUACAAACUUGAAGAUUAAAUGAAAACAAUAAUAAUCAAACACACCUAAAAAAA